AUCCAGAUAAAUGUGAUAUCUGGGGGAACACUCCUCUUCACCUGGCUGCAGCUAAUGGCCACUUGAACUGCCUGUCCUUCCUGGUGUCUUUUGGAGCCAACAUCUGGUGUCUGGACAAUGAUUACCAUACUCCUCUGGACAUGGCUGCCAUGAAAGGUCAUAUGGAAUGUGUCCGUUACCUGGAUUCCAUUGCUGCCAAGCAGACAAGCCUGAAUCCCAAGAUAGUGGGAAAGCUAAAAGAGAGGGCCUUUAGGGAUGCAGAGAAGAGAAUUAAGGAAUGCGUGAAGCUGCAGAGAAAACACCAUGAGAGAAUGGAGAGAAAAUACCGGAAGGAGAUGUCUGAUUCAUCAGACACCAUGAGUUUUUCCAGCUACUCCAGCAGUACAUUGAGUAGAAGGCUCCAACAGAUGUCCAUCAUGACAUCUCUGCCAUAUUCUCAAGCAACAAUUCAUGCCACAACCAAAGGAAAGACCAAGAUCCAGAAAAAGCUAGAAAAGAAGAAACAAGUGGAUGGGACCUUUAAAAUAUAUGAAGAUGGGAGAAAGAGUGUGAGAUCCCUCUCUGGUCUUCAGCUGGGUAAUGAUGUCAUGUUUGUGAAACAGGGCACAUAUGCCAGUCCAAAAGAAAGGACAAGGAGAAAUAUUAGGGAUAUGUUCCCAAAUGAUGAAGAUACAACAUCUCGUGCCAUAAGUGAUCCUGGUUUGCACAUGGAUACUGCCUUCUCAGAGGUAAGCACAGACUCUGGACGUGACUCUCUGUUUAACCGUCCUGGGCUUGGCACCAUGGUGUUUAGAAGGAACUAUGUAAGUGGGGGGUUGUUUGGAAUAGGACAUGAUGACAGCAGUAUGAUUGGCGAAAAUGAAAUUAGCGGUAGAGGUGUCAAGCUAAGAAGCCGACUGCAGCGCUCUCCAAGUCUAAAUGACAGCAUCGGCAGUGCCAACAGCCUUCAGGAAAGGAAUGAAGAUGAACUUCCAUGGGACGAUGUGGAUCUGGCACUUUAUGAAGAUGAUGAGCCUGAGACUACACCUCUUGAGUCAUUCCUGGCUUCCCUCAACAUGUCUGAAUUCAUACCAAUCUUGAAAAAAGAGAAGAUUGACUUAGAGGCACUUAUGCUAUGUUCUGAUGAUGAUCUUAGAAGCAUAAAUAUGCCACUGGGGCCAAGAAAAAAGAUCCUGGAUGCUGUUUAUCGAAGGCAACAGACUUUGGACCAUCCAGACAAAAUAGAUGAUACCGAUUUGUAACUAAGAAGGCUGGAAAGAUGUAAAAUGAAGACAAGAAGAGACGUUACAAGAGAAAGUGCCAGAAAACUAAACCUGCUUGUAGCCUUACCAUGGAGUUAUUAUUGCCAUAUUGUAAGACUCAGACCCUCUGCUGUUGUCUGCAAACUUCACAUUGGAAACACAUUGACUUGAAAUGCUAUCUCAGUGAUCUAAGCUCUUUUGCAAGGAACAACAAGGCUGCCUACAGUGUUCAAACAACAGUGUGAAAAAAUGGGACAACUUUUAGUACCUGAUGUCACUGAAAUAAUUUUCAUAGUGUGACUAAAUGGACAAAACUCAGUUUUCAUAUGAAGUUACAGUAUUUGACAAGUGGCAAAACUGUUCUUUACAUUGAUUAAUUAAACUUUGUGUAUCUAGCAUUCAUAGAUGAAUAUGUAAUAUAAUUUGAUUUACUUAAUUAUUUCUAUGAUCAAUUUUAUAACUCAAGCUGUAAUUAAUGACCCUCUUCAUCACAGAUGAUCACCUGCUGCUGUUGCAUUUACCUGCUGAAGACUUACUGUGAAUUCAAAAGACUGAUAACACAAGCCCUAUCCAAAGAAAUUAGAAUUGGGAGAGGAUUUCAACCUCAUCUAAAAUCGUAACUCCCUGUGUUAAAACACCAUAAUUUUCUUCCAAAUCUGAUGUUUUCAGAAAAUAAUCUUGGAAUGUCUGAAUUAUUAUUUUCUGAAGUGUCCUCUUUUAUUUUCACUGCUGACUGCAGUACUUUGUCACCCCAGUAUAAUUUUCAUACAGUCCACAAUCAUGGCAUCAACCAUCCUGGUGUGCUUCUCCAGAGGUAGGUCCUCAUGCCAUUAGUAUGCAAAAUAGCCUUCCAGUGGUUAGGUUUUCUGUGGUUUUAAGCCCACCAGAGUAACUUCAGUUGCAGAAUGCCGGAGCGUCCUGCUAGUUAGAUGUUGUAGAGCGAUGGCAGCAACUGCCUUAAUGUAAGAUGAUAAUGAAUGUUGAGGCACAGUCAUUAUCCUUGGCCUCUGCUACAUAACAUGCUCAUAACAGUCUUCCUACAGGAAACAUGCAUGCAUGCUAGACUUCCCAAAGACUGGGGUGCACCAUGCCUUAACCACGCACUCUGCCACAGUCCACAUUGCUGAUGACAGCUGGAAAUGUGAGUGCUGUGGAGACAAGCCAUAGUCAGAUAUGUACAGAUCUGAUGCAGUCAGUCAUUGUAACCAUUGUCAACACACUGGUUUUUAAUAUUAUGAGCAGCUUUUACAACACAGCAUGACUGUAAUCAAGAACUGCUGAAUCCAUGAGCGAUCCAUUUCCAACACAAACUUAAGAACUUCAUCAAUUGUGCCCUUACCCUGCAUUCUGCUUGAUUCAGAUAUGGAAAAUAAUGAUUUUAUGAUUUUAUGAUAAUAUGCUUCUAAGAAGGAAUGCAAGAAGCCAUAUUAUACAGUUAACUUCCUAUGAUUACUGUUUAAAGUGCCAAUAAGUACACAGAAAAGCAGUAUAUCAAAUUAUUUAGAUGCAGGAAACAGAAAGUUAAUGGCUGUUAAGGUGAGUUUUCACAACAUUUGUAUAAAGUAUAUUCAGCGUCCCAGAAAGAGGUUUGGCAUAUGUACAUUACCAAAAUAAUUUAGUAAUUUAUUAUUGAAGGCUGUGCAUGUAAGCUACUGAACCUAACAUGAGUUGUUGCCAAUGUUAGGGUCCACUGUACCAUGUCAGGUUGUAGGCUGUAUGUAGAAUCUGAUCAUAUGACUGUAUAAGGAAGGAAGGGAAGGAUGGUAGAAACCAGAAAGAGAAGGAGGAAGGGAGGCAGGCAGAGUCGGAGAGAGAAAUGGAACAAGGAUUGUAAAUGUUAUCUUGUAGAAAACAUAUAACCUGGCUUCAGAAGGAAGUCUUCCAAAACAAAGUGAACAGCUAACUUCCUAGACUAAUAAAAUGGAAAAUAAAUGUAGUAUUGUCAUUUUAAUUGAUGCCCCUAUGUCACAGUACUGUUUACCAGUCAGAGUUAACUGUAUGGCUGACUUUUCUACCCUCACAUCAAAACCAUUACAAUUGCAAUUAACUGUUCAGUAUUUCACACAAGACUUUUCUUUCCAAAGGAAAAAUGCCUUGUUAAAAACAUGAUUUCUAUUUCCAAAAUGUAGCUUUCUAAUGAAGUUGAUAUACUACUAGAAAAGAGUCUGCUGAAUAUUACUACAGAUUACGCAGAAGAACAAAAUGGUCACAGUUGUGAGUCUGGUACAAUUCUUUGUUUUGAGAAAAAAAAAUUAGUAAAACCCUGUCACAAUUUAAAACAAUCUUUUGUGGAAUUAUCUUGAACAAACUGCAAAUUAGUAAGAUUCACAACUGUAUUGCUUCAGAGGCAAAGUGGUUUAUAGAUUCAUAGUUUCAUAGAUUGUUACUAGGCUAAAAACCUGGUGGGUCUUUCUAAGCCAGCCAGGUUUUCCCAAAAGAAUAAUAAUGUCCUGUAUCCUAACAGGUCAUUGGGGGCCAGGCAUUUGUAAACUACCUCUGUCAUAAGGGACAUGAAUGCCAGGCCCGGUGUAAAUGUCUUAUUCCCAAUCCACUGGUCUAGGUUGUGCUUAAA